CUUAAAAUGUUAGCUGCUACGUGGUGCUGUAAUGCCAGCAACAGUGACGUUAAGGCACUUGCCAUAUCCUGCAAGCUGAUCAAUACCAGUACAAAUUUCAUAAAGCUGCCAGGAGCUUAGAUUAUGUUAACACAAACAGCAAAGAAAGAACAGCCAGAAAAGAUACUGAGAAGUAGGAAAGAUAGCAAGGCACACAGCCCUUAUGACUGCCCUGAGAAAAGAAUCAGAACAAACAGCUUUGGAUGAUCUGCACAUGUACAUCUAUUCCUUUGAAAUGCUGCGAUAUGUUUCUUUACCAUAGAGGGGGACGUUAAUGGAAGAGGUAGUGAAUGGACGGAAAUAACAUGAAGUGAUUUAUGUUCAGACCAAGUUUUCAGAUGUCAGAAAGCCCUCCGCUGACAUUAAUUCCAUUCUUCAGUGGCUUAUGCAAACCCUGCCCUCAGUAAAGUGGACUGGGCAUGCUGGGAAAAGGCCAGGCAGCACUGGAGAUCCAAGCUCCUUCCCCAGCAAAGAGGAAAGGUGAGGGGGCUUUUCCCAGCUCGACUGUGACCCUGGGAGAUGAGCUGUCCCUGAGAGCCCUGUGUCAGCCCCUUCUUAGGUCAGCUCUAGUGACAGUAAAUAAAGGCCACAUGCUGAUCGGGGGCCAGUGCGUCACCAGCACAGCUGUCCUCGGGUAUUUGGCCACUAUUAACCAGGUCACAGCCAUGACCUACAUGUCAGCAGCCCGCGGCUGGGACCUGAUUUUGCUCCCUUUGCCGUCCACGCAGUCGGCCAUGCUCUGUGCCGGCCCUGGAGCUACCCGUCAGUACCGGCACUGCCAGCACCCCCCGUAUGAGUGCAAACACACAACUGCCCCGGGCACCAUCGCGCCCCUCAUGCCGGGCCAUGGCGCCGUGCACCGCUUCCCCCCGAGCCCCGGCGCCCACGGCGUGUCUGUGCACAGCCCGCACAGGGCCGGAGCCUCCGCAGCCCGUGAGGGGCGGGAGCAGCACGGCGCCCUCGCAGCUGGGCACGGCCGCCCUGCCAGCCUCGCCCGGCCCCUGCCCCGUGCACAAGGUCACCGCGGGAGGCGCAGCAGCAGCACCCGCCGCUCUGUGCGCCUUGGCCCCGGGCUGUGUCCUGGCCCCGCGGCUGUGUCCUGGCCCCGCGGCUGCUCCCCGUGCCGCUGGCGCGGUGCCCGCCAGGCCAGGACGGGCACGGGGAACGCCGCCAGCGCUGUCACGAGGGGCCCGGGAGGGGCGCGGCCUGGCGGAGCGCCGCCCCCCUGCGAUUGUAAAUAG